AUGCGGCGUGUUGCCCACCUGCUGGAGGGCCGUCCGUGGACUGCUGUCAUGAGUCUACCUACUAUUAUGCAUAACUGGCCUUGGCUGGUGGCAGGAGCAGUGGGGGCUUUGUCAGGCUUUGUUGCAUACUGUAAUGUCCCUCUGGCUUGGAAAGGAACACCUCAAAAAGCUACACUAGAAUGGCUGUCAAAGGCUCCGCUACAGCAGCUUCAUGGGUCAGGGGCACCUUUGAUUGCCUCAGACUUGUGGAAUAAGAACGGUGCCGUGAUUAUGGCUGUGAGGAGACCUGGAUGAUCUUUGUGUAGGGAGGAGGCCCUAGCCCUCUCUAACCUCAAAUCCCAGUUUGAGGCAAAGAAUGUGGCUUUGUAUGGUCUCCUCCAUGAAGAACUUGGAGCAAAGGCGUUUACCAAGUUCUUAGACGGGGAGCUUUUCCUUGAUAAAGAAAAGCGUUUCUAUGGCCCAGAAGAGAGAAGAAUGUUAUUGACAGGAAUGUUGCGGUGGAGUGUGUGGAACAACAUAAUGAGGGCUAACAAGAAGGGGGUUGAAGGAAACCUCAAGGGAGAUGGAACUUUAUUGGGUAGUGUCUUUUUGAUUGGGCCAGGUGAUCAAGGUAUUUUAUAUGAGCAUCGAGAAAUGGAGUUUGGAGAUCAUCACAACAGCACAGAACUUUUGGCUGCUUUAGAGAAGAUUAAUGUUGGUGAUAAUGAAGUUCCUGACAGUUAGUCAUAUAGAUGUAUGUUAUGGUAGCUAUGUGCUUAAUGUCUUUUGAAUAUUUGUCAUAUGCUUUCCUAAGCUUGAAUUUGUAACUGCAAAGUAUAGACCUAGAGUUAAAGGGAUAUGUCAGGCUUUUCAGGUUUAAUAUAUGAAGGUUUGUACACAAACUCUGUGAGUGGUAUAAACUGGAUGGCAAAUAAACACACUAAGUCUGACAUUUUCUUGGAUAAUUCAGUCUUUAAAGCAGCAAGUUUAAGCUGGGGGAUUAGCAGUAAUCCUGGCUGACUUGAUACUAGAUAUGCCAGCUCAGUCUUGUUCUUUAUGUUAGAAGUUUUGAUUAUAUAUUUAUUAUAUAUUAGUUCUUUAACUUCUCAAGUCUCUCAAACAUAUACAUGUGAAGUUGAUCACAAACAUGUGUGUACACAAACAAUAAUGUUCCUUAUUUGAACAUAGACAUUAUUAGCAGUUAAAAGUAUUCUCAUAUAUUGAUAUAUAUUAAUAAGUAUUAAAAAACUUAUUUAUUUAUGUAAAGCAGCUCCUUCUCCCUUGCACUUUGCCUCUUUCUCUCUUGAUAACCAGGGAUAUGUUUCUAUAUGAGUACUUUGAACAGGGAUACAUAUUGUAUUGAUCUUGUGUUGUAGCUUGCUGUCCUCAGGUGAUAUUUUUAAAUGACCGGUGUUUUGAUGUUAAAGAUAGGUUGCAUAUUUGAUUAGCAUAUUGUGAUAGGAGAAUUCUGUAGUUUUCAUUUAUUUGUAGCAGCUGUUAUAUGACUAAGAUACUGAAGCAUUUUUUUUUUUUUUUUUUUAUAGGUUUGACAUUAUUUAUUUAUAGAGCUUCAAAGGUUUGAAGAAGUCAGGAAUGAGCAUUUUUGAAGUGUAAUUGCUUAAUUCAUAUCUAUACCUGUGGGAAAUAAGAAAUGUUCUGAAUUAAGAGAAAACAAUGUGCAAUAACAUGUUAUAAUAAAUAUAUGAAAUGUU